GGAUUCGGUUUUAAGUUUAACCUUUCUUAUUGGAUCUAAAAUUUUGAGCAUAUUAAACCAUCUUCAUCGUUAAGGGGAUUAUAUUCAACUAUGAAUUUGAAGUAAUUUAUAUUGAAAUGACAAAUUUAUCGUUAUUAAAUGUAAAUUUUAUAAAAUAUUUUAAAAUUUAGUAUUAUUGAAUUUGUCAUUUUAUAAAAAAACUCAGAAAUCUACUGUUAUUGGAAAAAAAAUGAUUGUAAAUUUUAGAGUGGUUCAUGUUUUUUACGACUUUAAUUCGAGUAGAUUCCUUAGUUUAAAAUACAAAAAUUCAGAUCUCAUGUUUUUUUUAAUAUAAAAGUUAUAUCAAAAAAUUUAAUUCACCUAAACUAAUCAAAAAACUCAUUAAAAAUCAAAGCAUCCAAAUAUAGUUGGAUUUAAAAAUGAAAAAUAGAAAAAUUAGAUCAAGAAUGCAUAAAGAAUGAAAAGAGAAACAAAAAACUUUUAACUCUGACUAAUUUUUAAGAGACUCUGGAAAUUUGCCUUCUCCAACUGGCUCACUUUUGCUUAUUUGUAAAAUUUAAUCACAAAUGUAAAGUAUAUUCAGAUAGUUAGAGCAUCUUUAUCCAUGAAAAAAAGAGCAUUUAGAGGCUGGGUCCCACCAAAAAUCCAAGCACCGCUGUUUCUGCCUGCUAAAUAAGCGUCGUGUUUCCUUUGUUGCUUGUUCUGUUCGUGGGUUCCACUGACACGUGGCAAUCCACGAUUGAUUUUUUUUUUAUUUUUUUAAUCAAAUAAAAAAAUAAUAAAAAAAAUAAAAAAAUAAGUGGGGUGCUGGGAUCAAUAUGGCCUUAUAUUACAAUUAUGAGAAUUUUCAAGCCAGAGUACGCUUUAUGCAUCUACAGUCCAGUCAUUCGAAACCUUAAUUUGUGUUUAACCGUAUUGUAUCUGGAAAAUACUUUUAACAUCCAUUAGUAAAAUUUCUCUCUGUCCAUAGACAUAGUUAAUCUGUUCGUUUAUGUUUCAGCACUAUCUUCAUACAUCCGUUAUAACAUCUCUUUUAUUAAAAUGCAUACAUAAUCUCCACCAACAGUAGAUUCAUUAAUUGACUAAUCAUCAUUAGCACAAUUCGUGGGCAAUGUCCCAUCCACUCCGCUUAAUAUAUAGUAAACUAUUCGGAUCCUUUAAAAAUAGAAGCCUUACAAGAUGACAUUAUCAUCCAUAUCCUUAAUUUGAUUUAGGAUCUUUUAUCUUUUCGGAAGCAACAAGAGAAAAAUAAUAAUACUUACAGGUAAGGGUUUGUAACAUGUCCUCCUUGAUGAUUUAAGACUGGUUUUAGAAAAAGCAUAUUUGAGAAAUUUAUUUUCCAAAAUAUCGUGCACCCCACAUUCCACCAAGUAGUCACUUAAAAAUAGUAAAAACAUUCCAAAGAAUAAAUAUAUAUAAUUUCUGACCAGAUUCACUUGUUUAUGGUUAUUAUGGACAACGAAUCAUAAUAGUUACUAAAAUAAAUCAGAUAUUUAGAAAAAAUUAAAACCAUUAACAGGAAGCAAACAAUGGUGUUCUGUAUUUGCUAAGUCUGAAAAAUCAAACACCGUUUUUGGUUAGUUUAAGUUUCUUUUUUCUCUCCAUAAUCUCCUAAAACUCCUCUUUAUUACAGGAUUAAGAAAACAAAAGAGAUUAAAAAAAAAUUCAAAAUACAGAAUUCUUCUCAUUUUUUUUAUUAUUUUAAUUAAGAAGGGUCAAAGCAAUGGAGCAAGAACAAGAGAGCUACAAAUCAAGAUUGUUUCAUUUCAAGAACAUGAGCGAACACUCAGCUUCACGACGUGUUAAAAGCUGGAGCUCAGAUUGUGUCGAUACAGACAAUUUUGAUGAAGAUGACAAUGACAUGAUGAUGUUCAGAAGUCAACCCGGAAAAGCCAGUAGCGUUGACCGGCCGUCAUUGCCUUUAAGCGGUGGUGCAACGCCCAACCGCAACGACAAGCUUGCCGCUCCGAGGAUGGUUUCAUCCGAAUCGAUGGAGGCGUUACAAGCAGCAAUGGACCAAAUGAAAGAAAAGUUUUCGAAACUGCUUCUUGGAGAAGAUAUGUCUGGAGGAGGAAAAGGCGUUUCUUCAGCUUUGGCUUUAUCUAACGCCAUUACCAAUCUAGCAGCGUCUGCGUUUGGAGAGCAGAGGCGUUUAGAGCCAAUGGUGGCUGAUAGAAAAGCGCGGUGGAGAAGAGAAAUUGGAUGGCUUAUCUCUGUGGCCGAUCAUAUAGUUGAGUUCGCUCCAACGCAACAAACAAACAAAGAUGGAACUUCAAUGGAAGUCAUGUCAACAAGACAGAGAACAGAUCUUCUCUGCAACAUUCCCGCACUUAAGAAACUAGAUGCAAUGCUUCUUGAUUGUCUUGAUAAAUUCAAGGAUCAGAACGAGUUUUAUUAUGUCAAAAAGGAUUCUCCUGAUUCUGGCGAGACAAGAAACGAUGAUAAAUGGUGGUUACCAGCGGUUAAAGUCCCACCUAAUGGCCUCUCAGAGAUAUCAAGAAGGUUUCUACAGAGCCAAAAGGAAUGUGUUAACCAAGUCCUUAAAGCUGCAAUGGCAAUAAACGCUCAAGUGCUGUCUGAAAUGGAGAUUCCUGAGAGCUACCUAGAAUCACUUCCCAAGAAUGGGAGAGCUAGCUUGGGAGAUGUGAUAUACAAAAUGAUAACAGUAGAGAUGUUUGAUGCAGACCAGUUCCUAAUUGAAAUGGAUUUAUCAUCUGAGCACAAGAUUCUUGAUCUAAAGAACAGAAUCGAAGCGUCGAUUGUGAUAUGGAAGAGGAAAAUGGUGCAGAAAGACACAAAAUCUGCCUGGGGAUCAACAGUGAGUACUGAGAAGAGAGAACAGUUUGAAGAAAGAGCUGAAACUAUCUUGCUUCUUUUGAAACUAGGGUUUCCUGGAAUCUCUCAAUCCACACUUGAUAUCACCAAGAUUCAAUGCAACAGAGAUGUAGGACUUGCUAUAUUAGAGAGUUACUCAAGAGUGCUUGAGAGUUUGGCUCACACGGUGAUGUCAAGAAUAGAAGACGUGCUAUACGCUGAUCAACUUACUCAAGAACCUACAAAUGCAUCUAGUAAGAAUAGAUAUACUGUUAUAGAGACAGAGAAACCGAAGGAGGAACGGAUUAGUUUCUCAGAGGAAAGGCUUUCAGGGACAUCACUCUCAGAUGUUAUGCAAUGGGGUAACAAGAACAAUGAGGUGAAGAAAGAAAGCUAUUAUGGAGGAGAUAAAGAGAAACCAUUGUUGUCAAAAGUCACAGGUAUUAUGACAACCAACAAAAAGAGUUCUUAUCUUGAAAAUCUUGGAACUAUGAGGAGUCCAACCGCAAGAUAUUCUUGAGAAAAAACAAAUCUUGUAAAAUUAGGUUUGAAAUGCAAUUUUAUUUGUCCAUGAUUCAAAUGAAAAAAAGCUCACCAUUGUGUUGUAGCAGACUUGACAUGCAAUUUUUUUUUCAUUGAUUCAUCAUAGCAAUUAACACAAGACAAUAUACAUAGAUCAG